CCCGAUCGGCCCGGCCCGGCCCUCCGCCACUCUGCGGGCGCUGCGGAGCGCGGCUAUGGCGGCGGCCCCGGCGGAAGCGGAGACCCGGCAGCGGUUGCUGCGCACCGUCAAGAAGGAGGUGAAGCAGAUCAUGGAGGAGGCGGUGACGAGGAAGUUUGUGCAUGAGGAUAGCAGCCACAUCAUCUCCUUCUGUGCUGCUGUGGAAGCAUGUGUCCUGUAUGGGCUGAAGCGCAGGGCAGCAGGAUUCCUGCGCAGCAACAAAAUAGCAGCUCUGUUCAUGAAGGUGGGCAAGAGCUUUCCUCCUGCAGAGGAGCUUUGCAAGAAGGUGCAAGACCUGGAGCAGCUCAUCGAGAAUGCACGAAAUCAAGUCCAGAGCAUCCCAGAGAAUGUGCGCAAGAUGCCAAAGCUGCCCAACCUGUCUCCUCAGGCCAUCAAACACCUCUGGAUCCGCACAGCCCUCUUUGACAAAGUCUUGGAUAAAAUUGUGCAUUACUUGGUAGAGAACAGCAGUAAAUACUAUGAGAAAGAAGCUCUCCUGAUGGAUCCUGUGGAUGGACCGAUUCUUGCAUCUCUGUUGGUGGGGCCCUGCGCUCUGGAAUACACCAAGAUGAAGACAGCUGACCAUUUCUGGACAGACCCUUCUGCUGAUGAGUUGGUGCAGAGGCACCGCAUCCACAGCUCACACUGCCGCCAGGACUCACCCACCAAGCGCCCAGCGCUCUGUAUUCAGAAGAGGCAUUCGAGUGGCAGUAUGGAUGACCGGCCGUCGCUGUCUGCCAGGGACUACGUGGAGUCACUGCACCAGAACUCCCGAGCCACGCUCCUCUAUGGCAAAAACAACGUCCUGGUGCAGCCACGAGACGACAUGGAGGCCAUCCCAGGCUAUCUGUCCCUUCACCAGACUGCUGACAUCAUGGCACUGAAGUGGACUCCCAACCAGCUGAUGAACGGCUCCGUGGGGGAUUUGGACUAUGAAAAGAGUGUGUACUGGGACUAUGCCAUGACUAUUCGCCUGGAGGAGAUAGUCUAUUUGCACUGCCACCAGCAAGUAGACAGCGGUGGAACGGUUGUCUUGGUGAGCCAGGAUGGGAUCCAGAGGCCUCCGCUGCGGUUCCCCAGAGGAGGGCAUUUGCUGCAGUUCCUGUCCUGCCUGGAGAAUGGCCUCCUGCCCCACGGGCAGCUGGACCCACCCCUCUGGUCCCAGCGGGGAAAGGGGAAGGUGUUUCCCAGGCUGAGGAAGCGAAGUCCCCAGGGCUCCUCCGAGUCUGCGUCUGACAAGGAAGAUGACGAAGCCACAGAUUAUGUUUUCAGAAUAAUCUACCCGGGGACACAGUCUGAAUUCGUGCCCCAGGACCUGAUGGAUACCCAGGGCCCUGGCCUCCCUCCCAUAUGGCAGCCCAGCACCCGCAAGUCCUCCUGCUCCUCCUGCUCACAGAGCGGCUCCUCUGACGGAGGGUGAGGGCAUGGGAACAUUUCCUCCCCUCGCAUUUGGCUUGUUUUUGUUGGCAGAGCUCCUCUGAAGCUCCUGUGUGACAAUAUGAAGUACCAGAUCCUCUCCCGGGCUUUCUAUGGUUGGCUGGCCUACUGCAGACACCUCUCCACAGUGCGAACCCACCUCUCUGCACUGGUUAACCACAGCAUCGUGUCUCCCGACGUGCCCUGCAAUGCUAGCUCAGGACUGACUGUGGACAUAUGGCAGAAAUACCUGGAGGACAGCACGAGUUAUGAGGACCAGGAGCUGCUGCGCCUGAUCUACUACGGUGGGAUCCAGCACGAGAUCAGGAAGGCUGUCUGGCCCUUCCUUUUGGGCCAUUAUCAGUUUGGGAUGACAGAAGCAGAAAGGAAAGAGGCUGAUGACCAGAUCCGCACCUGCUACGAGCACACCAUGGCAGAGUGGUUGGGCUGUGAGGCCAUCGUCCGGCAGAGGGAGAAGGAGUCUCACGCAGCAGCUCUGGCCAAGUGUUCCUCUGGGGCCAGCCUGGAUUCCCACAUCCAGAGGAUGAUGCACAGGGACUCAACGAUCAGCAAUGAGUCCUCGCAGAGCUGCAGCUCCGGCCGACAGAAUCACGUCCGGCUGCAAAGCGACUCCAGCUCCAGCACGCAGGUGUUUGAGUCGGUUGAUGAGGUGGAGCAGACGGAAGCAGACACUCAGCUCGAAGAUGGCAAACAAAGCAAGAUCCCCAAUGGGACCGUCCCCAACGGCACGUGCUCCCCUGAUUCGGGCCACCCCUCUUCCCAGAACUUCUCCAUCACUUCGGGCUUCUCGGAGCGCAGCUUCAGCAAUGAGGACAGCGCUCUGGAAACCACCAAGUCCUCAGCCAGCUCACAGGGGAGGGCAGGCGGUUCAGAGCCGGCUCCGCAGGAUCUGGAUGGAGCCCUGCAGGAGGAAAAGCUGCAGGGCCAGGACAGCCUGGAAGGCGAAUUUCCCACUGGUGGAGGCAUGGACUUCAUUUCUGUGGCUGAGAGCUCGGCAGCGGUCCUGCGUGGUUGUGAUGCUGUGGCACUGACAGUGGUGGAGAGCUGGGCAGACAGCGAAGCUGAAAAGCAAAGCUUGGUGGAGAGUGAGGAUAACCUCUCUGAGGAGCCAGAGAUGGAGAGCUUGUACCCACAGCUGGACUCGCUGGCUGUGGCUGAUCUGGCCAACAGCGAAGCAUCUCCCGUCUCCUCAACUGGUGUCACCUACUCUCCGGAGCUGCUGGACAUGUACACAGUGAACCUGCAUCGCAUCGAGAAGGACGUGCAGCGGUGCGACCGCAACUACUGGUACUUCACCCCCAGCAACCUGGAGAAGCUCCGCAACAUCAUGUGCAGCUACAUCUGGCAGCACAUUGAGAUUGGCUACGUGCAGGGGAUGUGUGACCUGCUGGCUCCUCUCCUGGUUAUCCUGGAUGAUGAGGCCCUGGCCUUCAGCUGUUUCACUGAGCUCAUGAAAAGGAUGAAUCAGAAUUUCCCCCACGGCGGAGCCAUGGACACUCACUUUGCCAACAUGAGAUCCCUGAUCCAGAUUCUGGACUCUGAGCUCUUUGAGCUGAUGCACCAGAAUGGUGAUUACACCCAUUUCUACUUCUGCUACCGAUGGUUUCUCCUGGACUUCAAGAGAGAGCUGGUGUAUGAUGAUGUGUUCGCCGUCUGGGAGACCAUCUGGGCAGCUGCACACGUUUCCUCUGCACACUAUGUGCUCUUCAUAGCCCUGGCUUUGGUGGAAAUGUACCGGGACAUCAUCUUGGAGAACAACAUGGAUUUUACAGACAUCAUCAAGUUUUUCAAUGAAAUGGCCGAGCGGCACAACACCAAGCAGAUCUUGAAGCUGGCUCGAGACCUUGUGUACAAAGUGCAGACUCUGAUCGAGAACAAGUGAAGGACCUGGGGAAGACGAGGCAUCCAGACAGAGAGCUGGGACUCCCCUCCAAUGCUUCCUCUCCCUUUUUCUUGAUGUGCCACACCUGUGGAAGUGAGGUAGUUGGACACACGCUGCUGUCUGAACUGGCAGCUCUGCAAGUGCUGUGCUCAGCAUUACGGCCGGGGGCUGCGGUCCAGAUCUGCACAACGUUCUCCAAUGACUUAACCAAAGAUCUGUACAAUUGUGUUGCAUUGCUGAAGACUUGUUUUGGAGGUAGGGCCAGGCAGCUGCUUCCUGGCCCUGCUGCAGUAAAGGUGCAGCACUUGGUUACCACCCCAACUGCAGAAGCAGUUGCCAGCAUCCCAGGUCAGCGCUGGGGGUCUGGGAGAGCAGGGCUGCCAGACCUGCUGGGGGCCAACCCAGGCUCUGCAGCCUUUGUUUCGAGGAAAUAAAGCUGCUUCCUUCCACGGCCAUUGCCCAUGGUGUGGGGAAUGCAGCCAGCCCUGCGAGCCUGGGCAAGACAGGGAUGCUGCCAGCACUCAGUUUCUUACUAACAUCUGAGGUUCUGCCAGUAGCAGAGGGGGACUUCGAUCACAGAAAUUCCUCUUCUUUUGAUCUCGUCCCUUGAUGCAUAGCACCCCUUUUAGUAUUUUUAGGGCUCUGUUCUCUCCCUUGGAUUUUUACAUUGUUUGUUACUACGGUAUCUGAGCACACAAGGGUUUUGUCUGCAGAUGGAUUUUUGGAAGAGCUCCAAAUUCAGCAUUGGGUUUCUCUUUCAAAAUUCAGCCUCUGAACACCAAGAUCUGGUCCUGGCCCUGUCUGGGAUCUCCAGACACCGGGUUUUUGUACCUGCCUUAUUCUAGCUGCUCGUGUUAGGGGUCUGCUCUCCUGCCUGUCCUUCUGCAACCCACAUUAGGGGAGAGCUCUUUGGAAGGCGAGUGGGAGCUCCUGACCUAGUGGCUGUCCUGGCUUUCCCUCUGAAGGUGCCUGUUUCUUCCUCUGUUAGCUGAAAGAGUGGCUGCUUACAGCUGAACGGUGCAUAUGGUCCCUCUGGUGCCUGCAGGUUUCUGUGUGCUUAUGGGGCUGCUCAGAAAGCCCCCUGAGCCCAUUGAAGGUCUCCAGUUUGGUCGUGGUGGGCUGCUUUCACCCAACGUCUCUGAGUGGUCUUUGCUUUUGGAAGAUGCACUGCAGCCACCUUUCCUGCAGUGGCUCUCCAGCAUGGCAGCCCUGGAGCACAUUGCAUGAAGUGCCUCUGUAGCACUGCCAGCAUGGGGCUGAGGUCUGUGUCGUGCAAUGGCUAUGGUGUGGAUUUGGAUUCAUUUCUCAACUCAGGUAAAAAAAAAAAAAAAAAAAGAGGUGUUGGUGAUGGGAAGGUCUGGCUCAGCCAGGGAAGGCUUUGCCAUGGCCACAGAGGGCUGUCUGGAAUGCAGGGGAGAUGCUGGGCUGGAGCUCUCUGUAAGGGAGUUUCUCUUGAGUCUUGCUGCAGAAAUGUGUGCUCCCCUCCAUGUGAUGUGUGCGUUCUGCCCUCCGCCCCUCUGUGCAACAGGGCCCUGCUCUUCUGCUGAUGCUGGAGUGCUGCUCGCCAGAAGGGAAAAAGGGCCCUUCCCUUCUUCUGUGGAAUGUCUGUCUGUGCCGACUGUGCUCUGUAAUGACUGAUGGCACGUGUUAGAUGUUGCUUGCAGAAAAAGGACAGGCAGACAGCUGCAGAGAGAAAACUUGCUUCAGGAAAGUUCUGCGGUGAAGGAGUUUGCAGUGUGAGCAAAUCAGCCACAGCCAUCCUGCAGUGCUGGGAUGCAGAGGUUGCACCAAAAUCUGCAGGAGGAAGAGAGCAGCUGCAGGUUUCCAUGCCAGUCUCUCACCUUUGCAUAGAGCAGAGCUGGAUGCCUGUGCCCCUCCCAGAUUGUUCCUCUUCUCUCUGGGUCUUGGGAUAGAUCAGCGUCCGCCUGCAUGGCCACUUCCAAAGGGGAAGGGAGUGCUCUACCCCAUCCCCUCCAAAGGACAGGAGCCACUAUGUGACUUAACAUAGUCCUGACAAGCAGCAUCGCUGACACUUUAUCCUUCAUGCUUCUGGUUUUUCCUUUCUUGGUUUUCAAACAAAAACAGCCAAGAAGUUCUGCACAAUAUUUGCUGUCUGUGUGAACAGAGAGUCUUUGGGCCACUCUUUUUGGUUUUGUUUUUUUUUUUUGAAUAACUUAUGGGGAAGAAAAGUAUUUAUUGAUUGUACAUUCCUGUGUGUCUGUGUGCACUGAAGUGUGUGAGUGUGCGUUGUGAUGCAAAUGGAGAUAUAUCUUUUCAGUGUUGCUAACAUAUCUUGUAAAUGUUUACCAGAGAAUAGUGUCUAUAUAUAAUAUAUAUAUA